AUUUAUUGUUCAUUAACACAGUGUUAAGUUUUAAAUGUGACGAAUCAUUUUUGUUUAUAAAGGCAGACAGAUGCACUAAAAAUUCAGUAGUUCUAUCACCACAAUGAAAGCGACUUACACUGUUAUAUGUCUGGUGCUCUGCACAUCAUGGAUUUAUUCAGCGGCAGCCUCGGCAAUUCCAGUCGAAAUAGGUAUAGCAAAUGAUGAAUACCAAACAACUGAAGCAGGAUUGACUGAUUCCAUGGAUAUGGAAUCAAAUGUUACUGCCAACAAAACCGAAGAGGAUGUGGAGCAGGCACUAGCACAAGAAUCUGAAACCUCUAACGCUAUUGAGCCUGAAGUUCGCCCAACGAAGCGACCAAAACGUCCUAAUUCUAACAAACGACCAGCUGUUGGCGAUCACAAACCCCAUCACCACAAUCCCAUGGCACUACCAGCAUCCUGGCAAUACUAUCCAAUUCCAUAUCCAAUGUCAUAUCCACCUUGUCCAUAUCCGCAGCCAAUGUUUUACCCAAUGCCUAUGUAUUCACCAUACUUUUUCCCAUCCCAAAUGCAUACUUCAGAAAAGAAAAUCGCCGCUAAUGCUAUGCAAUCAGAUGUCGCCGAUUCUGCAGAGUCUGGAGAAGAAAUCAGUAAUGAAGAGCUGCUCAGAAAUGCCAAUUUGUGGAAAAAUCGCUUCGAAAACAAGUGGGCAAACAAGACAUCCAACAGUAGUACAACCGUUAAGCCAACUAAGAGAUUCAUCAUUAGAAAUUGGGUAGCCAACAAACUCAAUAAGAAAACUACAACUACAACCACUACAACCACAACAACCACUCCAGCCCCUUAA